GCAGCGCGGCGGUCGCGGGGCCGAGGGUUUGAAACGAGGGUCUCCCACCCGCGGCGGGGCUGCGUAGGCGGCCGCGGACGGGGAGUCGCGGCGGGCGCAGGAGGCUGCGGCGGCCGGGGUCGGGGUCCGAUCCGGCUGCCGGGACUGCCGCGGCAGGCGCUGGGGCGUCUCCCCGGUGCGAUGAUGGGCAAGGAGGAGGAGAUUGCGCGGAUCGCCCGCAGGCUGGACAAGAUGGUGACCAAGAAGAGCGCGACUGGAAGCAUCUCAGCAGAGCACCUGGGGAUGACGAGUGGUGGGCGGGCCCACCUGUCCCCUCCAAGGUGACCCCAGGGGCGGGGCCCGCCUGGCCGGGGAGGGGGCGAUGGACCUGCUGCGUGAGCUGAAGGCCAUGCCCGUCACCCUGCACCUGCUCCAGUCCACCCGCAUCGGGAUGUCGGUCAAUGCCCUGCGGAAGCAGAGCUCGGACGAGGAGGUUAUUGCCCUCGCCAAGUCGCUGAUCAAGUCCUGGAAGAAGCUCCUAGAUGCUUCAGAUGCCAGCGCCCGGGAGCGGAGGAGGAGCGCCUCCACAUCGUCCUCGAAGGGCACCCCCGAAGCGAAGGACCCCAGGCUUCCCUGCCCAUGGCAGGCCGACACCGAGGCCCUGCUGGGCAGAGCUGCUUGUCUGGGUCUGUUGGGUCUUGGUGGUGGGGACCCCGGCUGCGAUGCCAGCUUUCCUGUGGACUGUGCCCCCAGCACGCCAUCCCCAAGGCGGACCCCGGGCUGGGGGCCACGUGGGCUGUGUGCCAUCCCAGCGGCCUGUCUCGGCAGCCGCAAGAGGCCGGAGCCACCCAGGAUGCCGGCAGCCCCCCGCAUCACCACGUUUCCCCCGGUGCCUGUCACUUGUGACGCCGUGCGCAACAAGUGCCGUGAGAUGCUGACUGCCGCCCUGCGGACGGACCACGACCACGCGGCCGUCGGUGCGGACUGCGAGCGCUUGUCUGCUCAGAUUGAGGAAUGUAUCUUCCGGGACGUGGGGAACACGGACAUGAAGUACAAGAACCGCGUGCGCAGCCGCAUCUCCAACCUGAAGGACGCCAAGAACCCCAACCUGCGGCGCAACGUGCUGUGUGGCGCCAUCACGCCCCAGCGCAUCGCCGUGAUGACCUCCGAGGAGAUGGCCAGCGACGAGCUGAAGGAGAUCCGCAAGGCCAUGACCAAGGAGGCCAUCCGUGAGCACCAGAUGGCCCGCACAGGUGGCACCCAGACGGACCUGUUCACCUGCGGCAAGUGCAAGAAGAAGAACUGCACCUACACCCAGGUGCAGACACGCAGCUCCGACGAGCCCAUGACCACCUUCGUUGUCUGCAACGAGUGUGGGAACCGCUGGAAGUUCUGCUGAGCUGCCCCUCGGCCUGCGCUCCCGCGCUCUGGCAGACGCAGCUUCUCUGGGGACCCAUCCUCUGCCCCUGGCCUUCCCCAGAGAGUGGCGUGCCCUGUCCCCAUCCCUGUCCUGCCUGCCAUGCAGCUCUCUCCCCAUUUCCCCAAGUCUAUUAAAUGUUUCUUU